CACAUGUCUCUUAUGUGGUCACAGGUUGUGGUGGAGGACUGGGAACACGCUGAGUGGCAGUGUGAGGUAAUUGUGGAAGUUCGCGUCACCGACAUCAACGACAACGCUCCGACCUUCAGCCAGCUCUCUCACACUGCCACCGUGCCCGAGGAUGCCCCUGUUAACACUGUCGUCCUCAAGAUGCACGCCACCGACCCUGACCUAGGUAUCAGCCGACGCGUACGGUAUAACUUCGUGGAUUCUGCUGACGGUCAUUUCACCAUUGACGGAACAGAGAUUGUAGUGAGCUUAGCAUGCCGUUGGACCGUGAGAACCAUGACUCAUACACACUCACUGUGCGGGCCAUGGACCAGGGCACCCCACCGCUCUCCUCAACUACACAGCUCACUGUUAUCGUCUCAGACAUCAACGACAAUGCUCCGGAGUUUGUGAGGAAGCUUCAUGAGACGACAGGCAGAGAACACGGUGGUGGGGACGGAGGUUCUGCGUGUUAUGGCCACCUCCAAGGACAUCGGCAUCAACGCUGAGAUUUCUUACUCCAUUCAGCACACCACCAGAGAAAUACCUUCACAUACAUCCCAAGACUGGCGUCAUCAACAUCAGGGCCCCGGUGGACUACGAACGCGUACAACAGGUGGUGGCGUCGGUAGUGGCUACUGACGGAGGGACGCCGCCUCUCUCAGCUACAGCACUUGUAAACCUCACCAUCACGGAUGUCAACGAUAACGCCCCGGUGUUCACAUUGCCCUCCUACACCGCCACCGUCAGGGAGGACGCGCUGCAGGGAGCCAGCGUUAUACAGAUCUCGGCCAGCGACGUGGACUACGGCGUCAACAGCCUGGUCCGCUACAGCAUCCAGGCAGGCAACGACGACCACUGCUUUGAUAUGCAUCAAGACACCGGCAUCAUUACUGUCUUGAAGAAACUUGACAGAGAAAAGGUGGGGAAGUAUGUGUUGACCGUGAGUGCUCGAGACUUGGGUUCUCCCUCCAACGCCGCCGUCACCCAAGUGGAGCUCAUCAUUGGUGAUGUCAACGAUAACUCCCCAAUUUUCACUCAGGAUAAUUAUACUGUCGUCGUUCAGGAGAACCGACCAGUUGGGUAUUCAAUGCUGCGUCUGAUGGCCACUGAUGCUGACGCUGAGCCCAACGGCGCCCCCUUCACCUGGGAGGUAACCAACCAUGCGGUCAACAACCGGGCCUUCACCCUCGACCAGGACGGCUCCCUCAGGCUCGCCACCAACAAACUCAACCAUUUGGUUCAGAACGAAUAUGUGGUGGAGGUGCGAGUAUGGGACAGUGGCACACCGCCCCUUCACGCCAACACCCGCGUUAUCGUCACAGUGGUGGAGGAGUCCCGCUACCCACCAACACUCUUCCCUCUCAAUGCUGCUAUCAUCAGUUACCGCAUCGCCUUCCCUGGGGGCAUCAUCGGUCGGGUUACUGCCUUAGAUCAAGAUCCUUAUGAUACUCUUCAGUACUCUAUAGCACCCUACCCCCGAGAGAUCAGCUCCAUCAAAUAUUUUGACAUUGAUGGACAAGAUGGAACGCUUGUGGCUCUGACUCCCCUGGACUCAGGGAAUUAUAGCGUCAAUGUAAGUGUGUCUGACGGCCGGUACCACCGCACCGUGCAGGCCUCUGUCCAAGUCUCAGUUAUCACCGAAGAAAUGGUUGACAACUCAGUGAUUGUUCAAAUUGGACCACUUUCUCCAGACGAAUUCCUCUCAAGAUAUCAAAAAGUUUUCUUGAAAGCAAUAGCGUCUGAGUUUUCUAUUGGGGAAGAUUCUGUUAUUUUAAUUAGCCUCCAAACAGCACUUCUGCAUUCCCACUCAAUGAAAAAUAUUGAUUAUGACUCACAACGAAAAAAAAGAGAUAUCCAAAGAAGUUUAGAUGUGUUAAUUGUCGUAAAAAAAUCUGAUGAUUCAUUCUUUUCAAGAGAAGAAUUGCUUAAACAGCUGAACCUUAAGAAAAGUGAAGUAAAGAAGAGUGUUGGUCUGCGACUAUUGGCAGUUAUGGGCUCAAUGUGCACGACUGAGACAGACUGCAGUGGGCACGGAGCAUGUGUCGACGUGGUAGAGAUCAGUGACGACGUUUCUGUUCCGUUUAACACUCAACUCUCAAGUUUGGUUGCACCAAGAUUUGCUCAGAAAGCUGGAUGUCUUUGUGACCAGGGUUAUGGUGGUGAUGAAUGUGAAAACCUUGUGAAUGCUUGUGGCCACCGCCCUUGUGCUGAGUACGAGGAAUGUACUCCCACUGACGUCAGCAUUCGAGGGUACACAUGUCAAUGUCCCUCGGGGCGUGCGGGACCUUCCUGCCAAGUAGAUCUCACGAAGUGCCGCAGUCCUUCAUGCCACUACCCACUAAGACCGCUGUCUUUCAGAGGCAAGAGUUAUGCUCAGUACAGCGUGGCACGACAGGCGGAAAGCAGCUCUCUAGUGCUCAGUGUCUUCUUGCGUACCAGGAACCCAGUGGGGACACUUGUCUACGCUGCUGGAGAUGUAGACUAUAGCAUACUAGAGGUUGUAGGUGGCCACGUUCAGUAUCGGUGGGAUUGUGGUAGUGGCGAGGGUCUGGUGAGAGUAUCAACCAUUAGAGUAAACAAUGACCAAUGGCACUUUAUCAAUCUCACACGUGAAGGUACAAUAUCCACUCUGAGUGUGGAUGGUGAGGUAAGUUCUGGAGCAGCACCAGGAGCCAAUGAUAUUCUCAAUAUGGAUUCGGAUUUUAUGUACUUAGGUGCUACAAUCAGCAUUGAACGUACCUCAGGUAUGUCUUCCUAUUCCCACAGCAGUCUGGGGUUCGUAGGCUGCCUCGACCAGAUAACUAUAGACGGUAUAGAGCUACCUGUAAGCAUAACAGGAUCUUCAUCUGGUGGUGCUGUACUCAAACGUUUAGCUAAUGUAGAACUGCAGUGUCCUAGUACGCUCCCUCCCGCCGGUGUGUGUGGGUCAUAUCCCUGCCUCAAUGGUGGUACUUGUAUCGAAAACGGAAAAUCUUAUAAGUGCACUUGUCCUCCACGCUUCACUGGUGCCCAGUGUCAAGUUGAUACAGCGCCUUGCUCCUCCUCGCCUUGCCUUAACGGAGGUAAAUGUAUUGUUGUUGGUCAUUCAUACAACUGCCAGUGUCCGUCAAAAUUAAGUGGAAAACGUUGUGAGUACGGAGUAUUUUGUAACCCUAAUCCAUGUCAAAAUGGUGGUCGGUGUGAGGAAGGUGCUGAAGGACCAAUAUGUAAGUGUCAGCAUUUCACAGGUGUCAUGUGUCAGUUAGAUAUUGAUGAGUGUACUCGUAACCCGUGUCAGAGUGGUGGCACUUGUCUUAACUUCUAUGGAGGGUUCAAGUGUAUAUGUUCUGCGAAUGUUACUGGUGAGUACUGCACGGAGUCGAUAAAGAAACCUCCAGCUCCAUCCUCUGCCCUCAACAUCACCCUGGAAGAACUUGUAUGCAUCUUGGCUGUGUUCCUAGGCUGCGUGGUGGCCAUGUUGCUACUGGUGGCCUGGCAACGACGACGAUGGAGACAUAAGCGUCACCAACAGAACAACCGCAUCAAGCUCACUGACCACCAUGUCAAGAAUGACCUCAAGGCCAAUGAUGCGCCAAAGAGAAAUUCCAAAAUUUGCAACGUGGAAGCUGACCAGCAGGGUCCCCCGCUGCCUCCGCGCCCGGCCUCCUACACCCCCAGUGGCACCGACUCCGUCAUACUCAACACCCUCAAGCACCUGGCCGACUUGUCCGCAGCGGGUCACGAGAGUCUGGAGCUGGAGACUCUGUCCAGGUGCUCUCACGAGUUUCUUCACAGCCUUAACAAGCCUGUGGUAGUGCCGCCCAACCUCUCGCCGCCGCCCCCCUCCAACAGUGAUUCGGACUCGCUCCACAAGCCCUGGGAUCACCACAACAACCUUAAUGACUCGUACUUCAUGCCCAUCAAGGAUGUAGGCUGUGACCUGGUGACUAACCUAGGCGAGAGUCGCUCAUCUCCCGGCCAGCACUCGCCUUUUUCGGACGACUCUUCAGUGUGUGGAAGGGGGUCAUCACCGCCCAUUGUGCCCCCCUUGCCCCGCCCCUCUCUCCUGGGUCGUCGGGGCAGGACAGACCUCUGCCACCCACUAGAAGUCAUCACCAUAGACAACCCCACUGGCUACCCCCGUUCCUCCCCUCCCCGGGCUGCGGGUGUUGGGGGACACGACACAAGGGUCGCUGGGGAUAAUGGAGGAUUUAAGAGACUUUAUAAAGGAUAUCCUCCGACACAGGCCAAGAAGAAAGGUUAUCACUGGGACGACUACGACUUGCGUGGUUCCCGUACGCUAGUGGGAUGCGGCGGCCGCGAGGGUGCUGUUGCCGCGGUCACGCCUGACCUGCUGCUGCUGGCCGAGGACACUGUCGCAGAGCCUCCGUCAUCUGAAGAUGGCAUUUUUGAAGACCUGCCACUACUGUCCGGAAGAGGUUAUGACCCACGUGUCUCUGUUACUCCUGCGGGUGAAACAGCCGCCACACCGUUGCUCUCCAUGGAUGUUAGGGAUUCUCAAGAACUUCCAGAGGAUGAUGAUGAUGACGACGACGACGAAGAUGACGACGAUGACGACCCCUGCAGCUUCGAAGAGAUCCUCCUUGCAAACAAUAUAUCCCUUGGCUCCACUCCAGACCUGGACCUUGAUCAUAAUUCCAAGUACAACAUUGUCUCGGACAUUGAAGAUGAUUAUCAAGAGCCACCUACAAAAAUUUCCAACGUGCCUUCUUCUCAUGAGGAAGACGUCGGCAGACUGGGCAGCCCUAGGAGUCGCCGUCCCUUCCACCGUACAGAUUAUAGUCGAGUGUCAGAUCUAUCCUUCCUCUCUGCCCUCGAGGAGGAUGGAGUGGACGAUUCCCUCUCUGAACUUCAGGAUUCUGAUUACGACCCAACAGAAAAACCCAGUGACCAACAAACUGCCACACUCAUUCAGACGUCACUCUCAGAAGUGUUCUUAUAGUCUUGUAACAUAAACUUUGUAUCAUUCUAUGAGUAUUCAGAAGCUUUACGAAAACAAUCAUUAUUUAAGAUUACAUUAUGCCAUUUGAAUAAGACAUUCAUUUAUGGGAGAGUGAACCAUGUUGAAUGGCUUUAGAGAACUUGGUGUUGCGUGGGAUUUUUUCUUCAUGAACUGGUGCUGUGUUUGACCAAAACCUCUUCUAUGGACUUCCGCUGUCACUGAUCGAACAAAGUGGUUAGUAUUACGUUUAGUCAUCAGAACCAGUGAUCGAGUGCCACAUGAGGCAUGAACUGCGAAUGAAGAUAAUCAGUUUUGUAUAAGAGGCUAUUUAGUAGCAAAUCUUUUGUGUAAGCAUCCUUCAGGGAAUCGUGUAAUGCGAAGAGCACACGUUGAUGGAACAUACGUCGGUGCCUUGUGGUCCAGUGUCGGGUUGUACACUCAUCAUAGAUGUAUUCCUUUUGUAUUUUCUGACUGGAUACUAAGGUCUGACAUAUGAAUUUCAGAUUUACUACUUUGAUACAUUGUUCCUGCAUUUAUAAAAUGCAUAUUUGUAGAUAUAAAUAAGUGAUAGAUCUUGCUGCUAGGCGAAAAGUAGAUUAAAUGAGUUAUUCUUUGCUUGGAGAAAAGUAUUUGUUUUAAGAUAUGAAUGUUUAAACUAACAUUGGAAUAUUUUGGGCAGUUCAUCAGUUUGAUCUGACAGUUUGUCUACACAUUUUGGACAGAAGAAACCCAACUUUUCAUUCUAGUUUCCACAUAUUGUGAAGCUAAAUACAUGACAUACAUGACAGAAGAAACUCAUCGCAGGCCUCCCACCACUUUGUUAUAAUGGCAUAAAUGUUUUCCUGUUGGCUUUAGUCGAUGUGGUCAGUGGCCCCUUGAUGUGAGAAAGGUUUAUUGAUUAGGAAAUGCCACAUGCCGCGUCCUUCUUUCUCAUGCGUGUUGUCAUAAUGUGUAUAUGAAAUUAAUCAGCUGUAAAGAUAGAGCUUACAUAUGUAAAUUCAUACUACAUUUUUGCAUUGGACAAACAAUGCUCAGUACAUAUAUCUUCAGUCAUGCUUAAUGGUAUUUAUGAGCUGUUGGUUUCAUAUCAACCCUAAGUGUUAAUUUUGAUGUCAACAGAGAAAAUAUAUAUUGUUGGACAAUUCAGGGAGUGGUUGACAUAGUAAAAGACAAGAUAUUGGUGUGAGUGUCAUGGAGUACUGUAUAUGUAACGCACAUCUUGCAUCACGGUGCUGUCCUCCGCAACAUUUUAUAACUCUUGAUAAUACUGCAUUUCCUCUGGACUAGUCAUUAUUGAUACAGAGUAGAAAAAGUGCCUAUAAGACAGAUCUUAACAAUUAUUGAAGGAUAAUCCAUACAUAUUUGACCACUCAGUCUUAUUUUACGUGAUGUAUUAUUUUAAACUAUACAAAAUAUGACCAGCAUGGAAUAUUAUUUGCAAUGAUUUGUCAGAUUGUGAGGUAUUUAAAAAUUAACCAAUCCUAAAAAUAUGUAAUGUGAAAUUUCUUAUGUAUUCAAAUUUGCGUUAAGAGUGGCGAAGGUUACCAUGGAUUAUUCUAACAUUAGUUCAGGUGGCUUUACAGUGUUUUGGAGAAAUAACAGUAAAUGACUGAUAGCUUAUUUGUAUACUAAACUUUAGUACUAAAUAUUUUAUGUGUUGUAUCAUUUAUAUUCAUAUUCAAAGAAAAUGUAAAAUUAGAAUGAUUGGCAACUUAAAUGACUGAGAAUGGUGUCAUAUAAAAAGGUAUUUUUGUAAAAAGAAAUUGUGUAAAUAAAGUUGUUGUCCCAGAAAGAUA